CAAUCAGUUAUUUACUUCCAAAGCUUUAUACUAGAUUCAUGAUAUAUAUAUAUAUAUAUAUAUACUUUAGCUUUAUGUACAACAUACAGUGUUAAUAAAGUAUUUAUUUCAUAAGUAAUGAUAGUUGGUAGUCGUUGAUGUACUUUGGUCUGCAAGGACAGUGAUUUGCAGCAUUUGUUGGAAAUUCUGAUAAAUAUCUCGGUUAAAGUAAGUGCCUUAUGUACAAACUUUGUGAAUUUUCAAUACUUGCAAAAGUAAGAAUACCGAUAAAAGUUUGAAAUUAAAGAACUUCUUAAAAUUAAAAGUAAAAACAAAGAAACGUCAAAAUGUUUUCACGAACGAUAAUGAAAAGUGUAAAGUAUCAAAAGGUGAUGAGAACAUUUUCAUCAACAUCUGAUUAUGCUAUAGGAUAUAACUUUGAACUAAAUGAUAUGCAAAGAGAAAUGCAAGAAUUGGCUCGCAAAUUUACAAAAGAAGAAAUCAUUCCAGCAGCUGCUGAAUAUGAUAGAAGUGGAAAAUAUCCAUGGGAUAUUGUGAAAAAAGCAUGGAGUUUGGGUUUAUUAAAUAAACAUAUUCCUGAACAUUGUGGAGGAAUGAAUGUUGGUACUUUUGAAGGUUGUUUAGUUGGAGAGGAAUUUGCUUAUGGCUGUACAGGAAUAUCAACCGCAUUAGAAGGAUCAGGAUUAGGUCAAGCUCCUGUAAUUGCAUUUGGAACAAAAGAACAACACAAAAAAUAUCUUGGAAGACUUAUUGAAGAACCACUUGUUGCUGCAUAUUGUGUUACCGAACCUGGAGCUGGAUCAGAUGUUGCAGGUAUCAAAACAAAGGCUGAAAAGAAAGGAAAUGAGUGGAUCAUUAAUGGAACAAAAAUGUGGAUAACAAAUGGAGGUGUUGCUAAUUGGUAUUUUCUAUUAGCAAGGACAAAUCCUGAUCCAAAAGCUCCAGCUGGUAAAGCUUUCACAGCUUUUAUCGUAGAACGCGAGUAUGAAGGUGUAAUACCCGGUCGAAAAGAAUUAAACAUGGGUCAAAGAGCUUCUGAUACUCGAAUGAUAACAUUCGAAGACGUCCGUGUUCCACAAGAAAAUGUUUUGGGCAAAGAAGGCGAAGGAUUUAAGAUUGCUAUGAAAACUUUUGAUAGAACUAGACCAAUGGUUGCAGCCUCAUCUGUCGGUCUAGCUCAAAGAGCUCUUGACGAAGCUGUAAAAUACGCAACACAACGUAAAACUUUUAAUAAAAUCAUAGGAGAACAUCAAGCUGUAGCAUUCAUGCUCGCAGAUAUGUCGAUCGGUGUUGAGACUGCUAGACUUGCAUGGAUGAAGGCAGCUUGGGCUGCCGAUCGUAGUCUUCCAAUAGCUACAAAUCUUGCUAGCAUUGCAAAGUGUUAUGGUGGUGAUGUAGCCAACAAAUGUGCAACAGAUGCUGUUCAAAUUUUCGGUGGUGCUGGAUUCAACACCGAAUAUCCAGUAGAAAAAUUGAUGCGAGAUGCAAAAAUUUAUCAAAUUUACGAAGGUACUGCGCAAAUCCAGAGACUUAUAAUCUCGCGUUAUCUACUUUCUGAGGCUACUCAGAAAAAUACAUAAUUUUUCUAACAAGAAUUUUGUGCAAUUAUAAAAAAUAUUAAUUCUUUAAAAGUAUUAUAUUAUAUAUAUAUAUUUUUAUAAAAUUUGUAAUAACAUUUUGUAUGUUUGUUAUAACAUUUUGUAUAUUAAUUAAACGUUAAAAUUUUGCACCUUGUUAAUUUUUUAUAAAUACUUUGAAAAAUAUUUAAAAGUAUUAUAUUAUAUAUAUAUUUUUAUAAAAUUUGUUAUAACAUUUUGUAUAUUAACUAAACGUUAAAAUCUUGCACCUUGUUAAUUUUUUAUAAAUACUUUGAAAUAUAUAUUUUAUUAUAGAAAAACAUAAAGGAGAAGAAACGUGACAAUUUUGCAUUUCAUAUUUCGCGCUGAUCGGUGUUAGAUAGCGCUGCAAACGUUGUUCGAAAGCGUUAGUCAAGUGUAUUGUACAAUGAAAAGGGAUUACAUCGCAUUAUGUCCGUCAGGUCAUAGUUUUUACACGGUUAUAUUUGGUGAAGUCGUGCGUGGCGAGUUAUGCAACAUUUGGUGUAAAAGCGCCCCAUAAUAAGACGUCCAGAUAUUGUGACAUCUGACCUACUUAGACGAUUCUAACUGCCUGCAAACACGGGGGAACUAGGGAAUCUUUCGGAAAUUGCGUCUUUCCGUGAUACAUUAUUGGAACACAGUGCCGUGACUAGCAAAUUCUGGUACCCACUAAAACCUCGCUCGAUACGUUCCUUCUCUCAAAAUACUUUCCCUUUUGUUAUUGUUCGAUGUGGUACAAUUGAAAGUAAACAGUUGGAAGAUUAUUCCAAUGUUCGAGGCUUCAUACAUUAAAUUUCGACGAGCUCUUUCUACAUCAUGUAGCGUGUACGAGAUCGGUAUAGUUAAUAUUUUCCCUUUCGUUAUCCACUGCCGUGCCUAUGAAUGGUAAAAUUGGGCGCAAAUUAAAUGGUUAGCUUAUUCUUACAAGACAGAUAUACCAUACCAUAGUAAAAAUCAACAUUCUUCGAUUUUAUUUCAAACCGAACAAUCGAUUCUUUUAUCUACGAUUAUUCAAAUUUAUAACUUUUUAACGCCUAUUUAACUAGUAUCUUUUAAUUUUGUUCAAAAUUACAAUUGCACACUCGUCGAAACAUUUAAUUCGAUAAAGCGGAAUAAUAGCAUUGAAGAACAACAUUCGUAAUUCAAUAAAGCGAUAUCACAUUUUUAAAAAUUAAUGAGUCAAAAAUUAAACUUUCCUUAUAAUACGAGAAUACGUUUCAUAUCUCUGAUGUUCAAGGCUCGUUAAAACAAAGCCACUCAACGCGUACAUUGCAGAUCGAAAAGGGAACGUAAAAGAAUUUGCAUUCUGUUUUUUCGAGUUUUGAUCUCAUAAAUAUAACGCGCCUAAUUUUGCCUCGAUCGUUCUAAUUAAACCUUGACUGCCGAUCGAAUUAACGCGUAUGACACGUCGAGAAAAGACUUGGAAACGUACAUUAAUAGAUGUAUAGAAAUGGCAAGAAUCGCAACAAGGUGGGCGACGGAAAGCGUGAUUUGGACGCGCGGUACCGAUAAAAAGAAUCAACGGCGGGCACCGGCGCUAAGCACACGGUCCUGGAACUCGUGCUGUCAGAGCGCAGCGGUGCGCCGGACGCUCGCUUGACUAAGGGAGUGCCCGUCCCGAUGCAAAGUGUAAGUGAAGUGGCCUACAGACCUACAUUUGUCUAACGUUCGAUUUUUUUCGAGCCGGCGGACAGGAGGUUAAUAAUCCGCGCGGGGCUCAUUUUUCCGCGGGCGUGUGUGAUGUCGCUGUUAUGUGAUAUACUGAUGUUUGGUUGAAAGAGACGGUGUAGUUUCGGUACGCUCAGACGGCGCUGGCCGGCGCGGGGAGCGUAGUAGUAAAAAGAGAGGAGGACAGCAAGAGCGUGCGCACACGAGGAGAAAGAGAGAAGGAGACAGAGAGGGAACGUA